AAAAUAAUUUAGGAUUUUUAAUACUGUUUACAAAAGUAAACAUUUGAUUUCUGUGUAGAAGAUCAGAAUUCAGAAUGUCUGCUAGGAAAAAACGUCCAAACUUAAAAUUACAAGUUUCAGAUGACUCUUCAACAACUACAAUAACCCCUCCAAGAAAUUUAGAUAAACGAACAACAAUUACAAUAGAUGACAAGACAUUUGUUGUGGAAGCCGAUGAUCUCGAAAAAAUAUGCGACUUGGGUAGAGGUGCCUAUGGCAUUGUUGAAAAAAUGCGACAUAAACCAAGUAACACAAUAAUGGCUGUUAAACGUAUUGCAGCAACAGUAAACACUCAAGAACAAAAACGACUUUUAAUGGACUUAGAUAUUUCUAUGAGAAGUAGUGACUGCUUAUAUACAGUACAGUUUUAUGGGGCAUUAUUUCGUGAGGGUGAUGUGUGGAUUUGUAUGGAGGUGAUGGAUACUAGCCUAGAUAAGUUUUACGCAAAAGUAUAUAAACAUAAUAAAUCAAUACCAGAAGAUAUUUUAGGAAAAAUAUCGUUAGCUAUUGUUAGCGCUUUACAUUAUCUGCAUACACGUCUGAAAGUUAUACAUCGUGAUGUUAAACCCUCCAAUAUAUUAAUCAAUAGAGAAGGUCAGGUGAAAAUGUGUGAUUUUGGUAUAUCUGGGUAUUUAGUGGAUUCUGUUGCAAAAACUAUUGAUGCUGGAUGUAAACCUUAUAUGGCUCCAGAGAGAAUCGAUCCUACUGGUAAUCCAUCACAAUAUGAUAUUAGAUCGGAUGUUUGGUCAUUAGGAAUAUCGAUGUUAGAAUUAGCAACAGGACGAUUUCCAUACACGACAUGGGGCACACCAUUUGAACAGCUGAAGCAAGUGGUGAAAGAUGACCCACCUAGAUUACCUAAUGGAAAAUUUUCACCAGAGUUUGAAAAUUUUAUAGAACAAUGUUUACAAAAGAACUAUGCCGACAGACCAAAUUACGAUCAAUUACUUGCUCAUCCUUUCUGUAAAGAACAUGCUAAUAAAAGUACGAAUAUCAGUCAAUUUGUGUCUGAAAUAUUAGACCUUAAUGAUUAAUUUUAAUUACUAUUAAUACAAUUUUUUUUUAAA